UUGCCUACACCUCUAUCUAUUCAUCUUACUAGAGCAAGCUUUACGUUCCUUGCCAUAGGGCAUUCUUCUUACAGAAAGUAAUAUCUCAUAAAGCUCUGAUAACUCUCUUUCCAGGUUUCCAUUUUCUUUGGUCUGCAACUUUCUUUGUAACUUUUCCACAAACAAGCUAGUUACCAAGUUUCCAAUGGCUUCCACUAGCUCCGAAACACCCUCUUCAUCAUUAUCAUCAUCUUCUUCUUCAAUACCUGGUUCGGACUAUGAUGUUUUUCUCAGUUUUCGGGGUGAGGACACCCGCCAUGCCUUUACAGACCAUUUAUAUGAGGUAUUGAGAUUGAAAGGCAUUGACGUCUUUAGAGACAACGAAAAACUCCAACUAGGACAAGUCAUUGCUUCUGAGCUCAUACAAGCAAUAGAAAAAUCCCAGUAUGCAAUCGUUGUUUUCUCAGAAAAAUAUGCCGAUUCUAGGUGGUGCUUGGAUGAACUUGCCAAAAUUGUUGAAUGCAGAAAAAAUAAGGGACUUAAAGUGGUGCCCGUCUUUUACCAUGUAGAUCCCUCAGACGUGCGGAACCAGACUGGGCCGUUCGGAAAAGCCUUUGCUAAACAUAAUAAAGAUGACAGAAUCGACGGAGAGAAGAUCCAGAAAUGGAAGGAUGCUCUGAGAGAAGCGGGGAGUGUAUCCGGCAAGCAUUUAAUUUUACAUCAAAGCUCUGAGGCAAAAGUUAUCCAAAACAUUGUGCAGUGGAUAUCAAAUAAAUUGAGUUAUAAAAUCGAAACUAAUGAACUAGUUGGAAUAAGUUCCCGAGUUGAGGAUUUGAAGUUACUUUUAGUUUUAGAGUCAAAUGAUGUUCGCUUUAUAGGAAUUUGGGGGAUGGGAGGAAUGGGUAAAACAACUCUAGCAAAAAUUGUUCAUUACAUGUUUUCCAAUCAAUUUGAAGCUAAUAGUUUUAUUCAUGAUGUUAGGAGGAAAUCUGAAAAUGGUUUACAUGGGUUACAAAGAACACUAUUGAAAAAGCUUUUGUGUGUAGAUAUGGAUAUACAAGAUGUUGAUGAGGGAGUUUUCAUCAUAAAGAAAAGGUUACAUUGCAAAAAGAUUCUUCUUAUUCUUGAUGAUGUAGAUGAUUUAAAGCAAUUGGAGAAGUUAGCCGGGGGGCAUAAUUGGUUUGGUCCAGGUAGUAGGAUUGUUAUAACGACAAGAAAUAAGAGCUUGCUUGUGACACAUGAUGUAAAUGAAAUAUAUGAUGUUGGAGCAUUGAAUAAUGGCGAAGCUCUUCAACUUUUUAGUUUGAAAGCUUUUGGGAAAGGCCAUCCUGAUGUUGAUUAUAUGGAGCUAUCCCAAGAUUUUAUACGUUAUUCUCAUGGCCUUCCUUUAGCCCUUGAGCUUUUGGGUUCCUCUUUGUUGAAAAAAAAUAAAAUUUUCUGGAAAGAUUAUCUUGAACUUGUCCCUGAAUAUGGAUUAGAGACUCUUAGUGGGAAAGCUCUCAUCAAAUUGAAAGGCAAUCACUUAUGGAUGCAUGAUUUACUCCAAGAAAUGGGUUGGGAUAUAGUUCAUCAAGAGUGCCCUAACAUUCCUUUGAGGCGUAGUAGAUUGUGGUUGUAUAAAGACAUUGAAGAUGCGCUAGAAAUAAAUAAGGAAACAGAAGAAAUUCAAGGCAUAGUCCUAAAGUUAUUCAACCCAAAAGUGGCACAUUGGAAUCUUAAAUCCUUUUCAAAGAUGCAUUGUCUGAAAACCCUCAUAAUUGAUAAUGUCGACCUCAAGAAUGAUCUCAAAUCUCUUCCUAGUGGCUUAAGAUUUCUUGAUUGGAGUGGGUACCCUUCAAAAUUGUUUCCAUCAAGUUUCCGAACCAAGUCUUUUGAGAGGUUGAAAGCCAUCAAAUUGAACAAGUCUCCGAAACUUAUUAAAACCCCUAACUUCACCGAUUUCCCUGUUCUUGAGGAAUUGGAACUUAAGGAUUGUAUAAAUUUACUUGACUUGCACCCAUCAAUUGGAGUUCAUAAACAACUCACUCUUCUUAAUCUAAAAGGUUGCAAAAACCUCAAAAGUCUUCCAAGAAAGCUUGAAAUGGAGUCUCUUGAGAUUCUUAUUCUUUCCGAAUGCUCAAAAGUAAAAAGUAUUCUAGAAUUUAGGGAAAAUAUGAAAAGUGUUUCAAAGUUUUACUUAGAUGGCACUGCUAUUAUAAAAUUGCCCACAUCAAUUGGGAAUUUGAUGGGUCUUGUUUUAUUGAAUGUAAAAGAUUGCAAAAACCUCAUGACUCUUCCUAGCACCUUUUUAAAUCUCAAUUCCCUUGAAAAACUGUAUAUUUCCGGAUGCUCAAAACUACUAAAGAUCUGGGGGGCUACUGAAAGUUUAGAGGGGCUUGAUGAGAUUAGGACUGCUAAAAAACUUAAAAAACUAUUUAUCAGUGGAGUUAAGCGAAGUACCAAUCCCUUGGAUUUGUCAAUUACUUCUCUAUCGAGUUUGUGUUCUUUGAGCAAAUUGGAGACACUGGAAUUAAGUUAUUGCAAUCUCAAUGCAAUCCCCAAUGCUAUUGGUUGCUUAUCCACUUUAGAAAUUUUAAUUCUAAGAGGAAAUAACUUUGGUUCCUUCAUGCAAAGAAGUCCCGAUCCCUUGGAGAUGUUAUUGACUUCUCUAUCGGAGGGUUCAUGUUCUUUGAACAAAUUGGAUCUAAGUUAUUGCAAUCUGAAUGCAAUCCCCAAUGCUAUUGGUUGCUUAUCCACUUCAGAAAAUUUAAUUCUAAGCGGAAAUAAUUUUGGUUCCUUCAUGCAAAGAAGUCCCGAUCCCUUGGAGAUGUUAUUGACUUCUCUAUCAGAGGGUUCGUGUUCUUUGAACAAAUUGGAUCUAAGUUAUUGCAAUCUCAAUGGUUUCUCUGAUAGAAUUGGUUGCCUUCCCAGUCUAGAAGAAUUAAUUCUAAGUGGAAAUAAGUUUGGUUACCUCCCGGAAAGCAUCGCUCAACUAAGUAAUCUGUUAGUUUUGGAUCUGAAAGAUUGCUCGAGUCUCCGAUCAUUACCAAAGCUUCCAUAUCGGAAGGUGAGUCGUCCAUUAUUAGAUUCAUUACCAAAGAGUCAAUAUCAGCAGAGGCCUGUUCCUCUUAUUAACGGACUUAGAAUUGGUAUUUCGAUUGCCUAUCCGACGAAAGAACGGAUAAAACUGGCUCUCAAUCAAGACUUCAUUGCAGAUAUAUACGGGCUCAGCCUCGGGGUUGUAAACCCACAACCCACACGUGUUUUUGGAAGUGAAAUUCCGGAGUGGUUUGCGCUUCAAAAUAUAGGGGCUGAAAUUAAUAUUAAAGUACCUUCUCAUUUGUGCGAUGAGUUGGCGGGAAUUGCUAGUUGUGGUGUGAUUUGUUGUCGUCAACCCAUCGACCUUUUACAACUUGACUCCUAUUUAAUAUGUAAUGGAAACAUUAUUGGUGCACAUUUAGCAAUGUGUCCAGUGCUUCAGGAUUUAUCAGAUCGGCUUUUGCUAGUCUAUUUUCCUAGAGCAACGAGGACUUGGAAAAUAUUUGUUGUGAAUGGAUUCGCUAAGUUUGGCAUUAGAUUUCGAGUCCAUGGUUCAGGCAUGGAGGUGAAGGAAUGCGGAAUUCAUUUGGUGUACAAGAAAGAGGUUGAAAGUUUCCAAGAAAAUCGCAAUCAAAUUUGGGCUGAGAGAGAGAAGAGAGCCAUUGAAUAUAUGGGCCGGGCUGAGAGAACUGAGAGAAGAAAGAAACAGAGGGAAAAAGACAUCGCUGAAAUCAAACGACUCAUGGCUAAGAGUCAGAGAAGCAACAACAGCAUCAUUCUUUAUGAGGGCUCGAAUGACUGUAAUGGGGCUGGACCUAGUGGAGAGGGAAGCUCUAAUGAUGUACCACACCCGAAGCAGAUUGAAAGGCUCCCAGAAUUGGCCCAUGGUGACUCUGAUUCUGAGGGAUCAAGUGAGUACCACGAAUGGGGUGACGAGUUACACGAUUGGGAGGAAUCUAGUGAGAGUGACCAGGAAGGCUAA